AUGGCCGUGAACAUCAAAGCACCCCAGUUCAGUACGGAGAAUCCGAAACUGUGGUUUGCGCAGGUUGAGGCGCAGUUUGCAACAUAUCAGGUAGCAACAGAACGCGCCAAAUUUGACCUGGUGAUACCGCUGCUUGAAACCCGCAUCGCUGCUGAAGUACAAGAAACCAUCAUCAAUCCUCCAGCAAACACGCCGUACAGCGAUUUAAAAGCCGCUUUAAUAAAAUGCUUCACGAGAUCCGAAGAAGCACGGAUUACUCAGCUCCUCGACAGAGAGAGACUUGGCGAUCGGACACCGUCGCAACAUUUACGACAUCUGCGUACACUGGUACUCGGCAUCGAUGACGCCAUCAUCAAAGCACGUUGGUUUUCGCAUAUGCCAAAUGAGAUUCAAGUUUGUCUCGAAGCUAUCAGGAGGACGUGCCGAAAACGGCGAUAA